GCUGUAUGGUGUUGAUACCGGUGCGAAGAGCAGUUUCUGCAGGGGUACCAUGCGGCAGCCACAAACACAUCUUUUAACUCCAAAAUCACAGUGACAGGGUUACAAGGGCGUUUGAACCGAAUUCCCCAACAAAGAUGCGAAGAGCAAGGAUAAGUAUUAAGCCUAAUGUCAAGCCAGGGGGUCGAGCUGUGGCCCCUACAGCAGAAAGCACGACUUCUCAAGAGUCGGCAGCUGUUGACAACACCCCACAAAAACAUACAGGAGAGAAAACAGACACACCGUCAGCCUCUCAACAGUCUCACCUGGAAGUGAAAGGGCCUGCUGUGGCAACAGGAGAUGGAAAUGUUCCCGGCUGCCCCUCAGAGAAAGCAUCUGUUAACACAGGUGAUGGAGUGCCCUCUAGUGCCAUUACACCUGCAGCUACAGCACUUCAGAGGAGGAGCAGGAUUUCUGCCACACCAAACCUGGCCAGACCCAAAGUCCGUUCUGUUCCCCCUGCAUCCACUGAAAAGAAUGCUUCUCUUCCGUCAGUGCCAUCCAAGUCUUCUCCUGAGCCCCCCGUUCCAUCUGCUACCAGCAGAGAUGAUUCUCAAAACUCUACAUUGUCAGAUUCCAUCCUUAAACAGACUAAUGCAACAAUCAACAGCACUCCAUCUUCACCUUGUCAUGAGCCUUCUGUCCAGAAUACAUCAACGUCUUCUACACAGCUUCAACAAGAGCUCUUUCGUACUCCCAAGAAAUCCUGUUCCGGACCCAAGGAAGCAGUCAGUCCAUCUUCAUCCAUCACAUCGCCAUGUAUAAAGUUGUCACGUUGUUAUGGACCAGGUCCUCCGCUAAGCAAUUCUGAAAUGUCGGACAAGCAGCGAGUUUUGAAAGCCCUCAAACUGAAAGAACUUAUGAAGCUGGAGAGGAGGAGAGAAUUGAUGAAGCGAAAGAGUGGACGGCGUAUGUGUGAGCACAGCGAUGAAGUGGAUUUAGGCAAAAUGACCCUAGCUGACUUCAUUUAUUACCUACCAGAAACAAACCCUAUGACGUCCUCCUUUUCCACGGAGGAGGCUCCAGCAGAGACCGUUGUUCGACCAUCACCCAAGGUGCCACCAAAGUUGGUAGAACCAGAAAAGGAAGAGAAUGAUGAUGAUGAUGAUGAAGACGACGACUUGAUGGUUCCCAAAGUCAGGGUAGCUGAGGAUGGCACGCUGAUUUUAGAUGAAGACAGUUUGACAGUACGUGUCCAGAGGACAUCUGACACAGUUGUUGAGGAUGCAACUCCACUGUUUGAGAGAGGCAAUACUACAACUUACAUGAGCUUCAGAAAGAACUACCAUGUGAAGAUUUGGUCUGUCAGAGAGACAGAUAUGUUCUAUUUGGCCAUUAGUAUGGUCGGAACAGACUUCUCUAUGAUGGCUCAGCUAUUGACACACCGAAACAGAGCUGAAAUUAAGAAUAAAUUUAAAAAGGAGGAGAAAACGAAUGCGUGGCGGGUGGAUAAAGCACUCCAAAACAAGCGGCCGUUUGACAAUGAGUUUUUCAGUUUUCUGCUGAAGAGGGUCUUGGAGAAAGACAAAAAGAGAGGCAAAUCUAUUAAACUGGUUGUAAAACCCAAUAAAGCAAAUAAAGGCAAAGGUGGCAAAAAAGGCAAAAAGCAUGAGGAUCAAGAAAUUGGUGAUGAUAUUCAGGAUGAGGUGGACUUUGGAGAUAAUGACUCUCUUGAUUUAGAAAAGGAGAAUGAAGACCAUAAUAACGUGAAGGUAUCUGACGUUACAUCCAGCAAAAAGCGUAAGCGCAAAAGAGAGUCUGGGCCCAAAGGGUCGCCUGCUGAGAAAACAUGCAAGCGAAAGAAGAAUAAGACGAAAUCCAAAAAAGGUGAAGAAAGCAACUGUUUACAAGUGGAAGAUGACUCUGUGAAUGCUGAGAAUGAAGAUCCAUCAUUGAUGCCCCUAUCAAAAAAGAAACGGAAACGUUCAAGAAAGGGUGAAGAAAAGAGCUGUGAAGAGCUAGAAGACAAACGCAAGGCAAAAAGGAACAAACAGGCAGUUAAAGUAUCAGAUGAACAAUCUCUUGAUAUUGAUGGAGAAAACAGUCAAGCCAGUAUAGAGCUCAAGCCUACUGAUACAUCUAAGACAUGCAAGCGCUCCAAAAAGUGUAAAGAGGAAACUGCAAAAGGAAAACGCAAAACCAGAAAGAGCAAAAAAUCUUCUGAAGAGUGUACUGGAGAUGAGCUGAAUGAUGUUAGUAGUGAAGUCUCCACAGCAGGACCUGAUGCUGAAGAGGAUAAAGGAGACAAGCCCACUCCAGACAUAGCAUCUCAGGAGGAGACUCCGGAACACACUUCAAAAAGAAGCAAGAUGCCUUUGCCAAAAAUUCCCAAAAGAAAAGCUAAAAAAGGCUCUGUGUCAUUUGCACCGUUGGAGGAUGAAGAUGCGGCACCAGAAGGUCAAGAUGCAAACUGCAGAAAAGCAGACAGUGAGUUCCAAGUCGACAGUCUUGUAGAUAGUCAGCUCCAGAAACAGGCAGUUGUUGUUCUGGAGAGAGUUCCUCCAAGUCCAGACCAGUCGCAGACCGCAGAGAGCCUGCAGGGUACUCCUGAUAGGCAGACGAGAGUAGAAAUGGCCAAACAGAAUCUAAUUGGUUCAGAAAGAGAGAAGAACGAGAUUGGAAAGAUGGACAAUUGUCAAACUGCCUCGGGGUCAGAUACAUCAGCAAAGAACAUGACAAUGACUACUUUGGCCUGCCAGGAUGACAACCAAGAAUCUAAAACGAUUGAGGAAGAUCAACACAUGAAAGGGGAUUUAAGCAUGCAGACAGAAGUUUCGACAGAAGUAAAUGAUCAGGUGCUUUUGAAAAGACCAGUUGUCAUGCUGUCUCAUGAAGAAGUGCACCACUACCUUGAAGUCCAUACAAAAACUGAAGAGAAUUCAUCAGCCUCUGAAAGUCACCUAGAUGCCGUAUCUGCCAAAGUCAAAUCGGUGGAGGAGCAUAUGGAUUGUCAUGUGGAGAAGUCUGCUUCUGGGGUUGCUCUAGAGGAGAAGGUCUCUCAAUAUCCAGGGUUGAAGGAAUCUGCCUCGACUUCCCCCCAGCAAUGCAUUGCACAAAAAAGGAGAAGGUUCGCCAAGCCCACACCUAAUCUCAGCAGAUCACAACAGACCGAGGAAAAGCCACUGAUCUUGCAGACAACCGAAUACAUUGAUGACAAUCCAGACAGCCUGCGUUCCUGUCCUGUGGAAGACGCAACGACUCCCCUGAAUAAAUGCCCGGCCAGUCCCGAGGAACAUCCCACAUCUUCUGAGACUUUAAAGGAGGACUUUCAGGAUCUGAGGGUGAAUGAAUCUAAGCAGGACGGUAUCGAAACCACAAUAGAUGAUGUUCUUUCCUUUUCAUCAGAUGAAGAAAAUCCAUUAGUCGAGCACGAAUGUUGUCCAGGAGAUUUUGUCCUUCCUGGAGAGACCAAAUCUUCCCACCACAUUGUCAGAUGAAGAUGUUGCUAAAUGCAUAGACCCGCUUGAACUAGCUCUGUCUGAGACCUGGGAGAAUAAAGAGCAAAUAACUGAUCUUGAGGAUUGUGAUUCACAUUCAGAAACGAUGACUGAGGAACCUCUGGAGCUGAUUGUUCC